UAACUUUCAACGUCGUUCCAACAUGUCAAAUGUCACGUCGUACGCUUUGGUUAUAAACACAAUUUUGAAAAUAUUUUGAAAUUGCGAUAGAAGUCAUUGCCUUAAACCCAAAAACAAGUGUCUACACAAUGUCGCACGGACGAGCGAACCGCGAAAACAACAAAAGCAAUAAAAUCUUUAGCCACUACACCAAACAACAAAAGCUGAGACGAGGAACAGAAUUCGACAAUUAUCACUACAACCGGCCUUACAGCAAAUUCCAGUACUACAGCGCAAAGUACAAUUUCCAGCCCCGGUGGAGUUACCGCCGAAGACGACCGCCCCCUCAUGCGUCCGAAAGCCGCCACUCGCGGUCCCCGUCGCCCUUCUCGGGCACCGAGGAAUACACGAUGAAGAAAAUACAAGAAACCAGCGACAUGAUAAAAAAGCGGCUUAUGAUGCCGGAAGAUGAUGUAGUUGAUGCUCCGAAAACGCCGCCAGUGAGCGACGAACAGCCCGUUGAAACUGACACAAAAAGCAGCAAAAACGAAAGCGAGAAAGCGGCGGCGAAGACGAACAAAAAAGCAAUUCAGUACAAUGUGGGUGAAAUUCACCAGAAAAUUAUUACACAUAUCACAAACUUGAGUCACGGGAAAAAAAUGAACCUGAUUUGUGCUAACUCGUCGGGGUAUGAUGUGGCGAUUCAACAAAUUCACAAACAGAAGCGGCUGGAGUUGUCCAAGGUUUUGAGGGACAUGUGUUCGAAUCAGACUGUCGAGAGUAGUGAGGUUAUCAACGCUAUAAUACCGGAUAUUGGUAUAAAAAUUGAAGAUUUACCCUUAGAGGUGAUUCAGGAGCUCAGCAGCACUUUAAACUUGAAUUUUGAUGAUGCUUCAUGUUCACAAAGCGCGGAAGGAACUGUCAGUGUCAAAACUGAAAAUGUGGUGACAGUUGAAGAAGGUGAAAAUGAGAUAAUCGCGUCGUCAGGGGAUGAGGAGAGUGGUGUGAUUGAUAUUGAUAAGAUUAAGCAGGAGAUAAACACUGAUUGUGAAGUUAAAGAUGAUGAAGUUGAUUUUCCAAUGGAAAAUUCGGGUUUUAAUUCCACCAGUUUGAGUUCACUAGAUGGUUUAAGUCAAACCCAGGAAAAUAACUGCGCAGAUAUGGAUGACCCAAGUCAAAUCCAACAAAGUCACUUUCCUGAGAUAGAUGGUCCAAAUCAAAUUCCAGAAAAUCAUUUUACCAACAUUUGGAUAAAAUCGGAAAAUAUAGACGCUAAUACAUUUAUUACAGCCAGUGUUCAGACAGACUCUAAUGAAUUAAAAUCUGUAAGUACACAGACUGAUUGCCCUUUAGUUAAUAAAACCAACAAAUUUGAUAUUGACAAAGACAAAAUAAACAGUUUAGAUGAUGCCAUUAGUGCAAUGCUAGAAAUUGACAAGGAGAUAACGCGCCUAACUAUAAUGAGACAGUCUAUAUUUGCCAAAAUUCAGAAAAAAGAAAAUAGUAAAAACGAAAAAGUAACAAUCAAAACGAAAAGUAAAGGAAAAAGUCCAACAAAGCGUACAGAAAUUACUAAAAAUGAAAAAUCUUCCAAACAACAUAAAAUGGUUACUCGAGCAACUGCUAAUCACGAAACACAAAAAACCACCACUGAAACCAAAAAUAAUUCAGCUGAAGUUACAAACGACACUAAUUUAACAAAAGAAAAGUUGAUCUAUUACGAGAAACCUUUAAAAUUUGAAUCCAUUUCCGAAAAAAUUCUUGUAAUAAAAGUAAUUGAGAACAUUGUUCUAGCGGCAUCAGAGAAGGGAAACGUUUUCUACAUAAAUGCGCUAGAUGGCACUGUUGUCACUAACAUCCACGUAUCUGAACUCCCUAUAGUGUCUUUGUGCCACUGGGUGACGUCAAAAGGGAAACUAUUGCUACUGAUUGGAACUGCGAAUAAUAAAUUACACGAAUAUAACUAUGAUACACGAGAACUGAUUCGCGUAACCAACAUUAAAGAUAUCAUUCAGUGUAUGGAGGUGGCUUGGUUCUAUAUCUUCAUUGGAACCACAGCAGGGAAUCUCAUACGUUAUUCUUUAAAGCAAUGUAAAGUCGAAUUUAAAGACAAGAUAUCAGACGACAACGUCAUGGUUUUAAAAGCGGCACAAGAGGGCGCCAGACGAGUCUUGUUAGUAGGUAUGAGGAACGCACCCGUGUUUGUCAGGGACGCAAUGUCAGGCUUAAGAUUAAGAACAAUGACGGAGUCGGUAACGCCCACUGUGUAUAGUUUGAUCUUAGAAAACAGUAUGGUGUACUGUGGAACAACAGCACACGAUAUUUUAGUGUAUAGUUUUCACGACGGUAAUUUGGUCCGUAAAUACCAAGUUUCAAACUCUAAAGGAAUAAGUUGUUUGCGAGUUUCCGGAGAUUUACUUUUCGCUAGCUGCUAUAAUGGAAAUGUGUAUGUGUAUGAUAUCAAGACCCAUAAAUAUGUGGGAUCGAUUGAAGGUCCUGGUGGUGUAAUCCUAUCCAUGGAAGUUGUAAAAAAUAUUGUGAUAGUGGGAACAAUGUCGCUUAAUUUUAAGUCCGUGCUAAUUCCGGAGUACAUUUUAAAACAUAGCAAGAUCUGAUUUUUAGGUUAGGAACUGGUAGAAAAUGGGCAUUCAAUUUCUAGUCUGGUCCAUACUGUAAUUUUGGAUUAAUUGAACAUUUUUUAAAUAAACGUAAAUUAAGA